AUGUCGCCUUUCCCUCGCCAUUACCUUCGCCCCCCCUUUACCCGUCGCACUUCGCGUACCCUCCCCGUUUCCCCUCCCAUCACCCACUUCGUUACAUUCUCGCUCACUGUGAAACGCCCUCUCGUCGCCCUUCCUUUCUCCCCUCCCGUCACCCACCUUGUCGCCUAUGCGCUCGCCUCGAAAUCGAGGCGCACUCUCGUCGCCUCCCACGUCUCCCCUCCUAUUACCCACAUCAUCGUCGUCGCCCUAAGCCCGCAAUGCCCUCUUGUUGCGCGCAGUCGACUCUCCUCGCCCAUCGCCCUGCCGCUGGCCUUGAAACGCCCUCGUGGCUCCCUUCUUCACUCCCCUCCCAUUAUCCACUUCGUCGCCUUUGCGCUCGCUCUGAGCCGCCCUCCCGUUGCCUAUCAUCUCUCCACUCCCAUCCCGUCGCCCUCGUGUUCCCCUCUCAUCUCGCCCUCGAACCGGGCUCUUCGAUUUUGCCGCCCUCUCUCAGGCCCAAAGUCUUCAUACGCAGCAAAUAAUCCUAACCUCUCUCGCUCUUUGCAGAACCUUCACAAGCUGCCACCGCGCUUGUGCUUGUCACCUUCCCCCACCAUCGCGCUCACGUUCUCCCCUUCCCCCGCCAUCGCGCUCACGUUCUCCCCUUCCCCCGCCAUCGCGCUCACGUUCUCCCCUUCCCCCGCCAUCGCGCUCACGUUCUCCCCUUCCCCCGCCAUCGCGCUCACGUUCUCCUCUUCCCCCGCCAUCGCGCUCACGUUCUCCCCUUCCCCCGCCAUCGCGCUCACGUUCUCCCCUUCCCCCGCCAUCAGGCUCACGUUCUCCCCUUCCCCCGCCAUCGCGCUCACGUUCUCCCCUUCCCCCGCCAUCGCGCUUGUUACGAAUAGUAACAUUCGAUAUUACUAA